CUAUCGGUAGCCCUAAUCAGAAAGUGUAAAUCACGAGUAGACAAGUGUUGCAACAAAACAAACGUUUAUUGCAACAUUAUUCAAAUUUUGGGCGCUUUCUAGAAUAUUGUCAACCAAAAAAAUGACCGUCAAUGGUUUUUCAAAUAUGAGGAUCAUUGUUCCCGUGGUAACACUACUUGGUGCAGCUGUUGCCUUGUUAUAUCUACUUAAGAAAAAGUCAAAUAAAAAGAAAUUGGCAGAGUGGAGGUUUCGGAAACUUACCACGAGAGUUGUGUUUGUUGUCUCAUCGGAGGAAGAAUGGGAACAAGUCUUUCCAACUGUUUCCUUGAAUUGUGAGGUGAUAAGGGCCGUAGGAUUUGAUUGUGAGUGGGUUUUCUCAGGCAAAAGAUUACCAGUAGCACUCAUUCAGAUAGCGACGUACGAUGGAUUCUGUGUCCUGAUUCAGAUCCACAAAUUUACAUGCAUCCCUUCCACCCUGAGACAUUUUCUUGGUGAUAAAAGCAUUCUUAAACUUGGUGUCGCCUCCAAAGAAGAUGGCAAGAAGUUACACAGGGACUAUGGAAUUGUUGUUGAAGGUUGCGUGGAUUUACGAUACAUUGUUGGUAGACUACCUGCACUGAAAUGUACUGCCGGUAGUCUACAAGCUCUGGCUGAUAGAUUUCUUGGAGUGAAAAUGAAAAAAGAUCGUAACAUACGCUGUGGGGAUUGGCAAGCGGAACUAACACAAGCGCAGAUAGACUAUGCUGCAGAUGAUGCCCUGUUUGGCAUGGAUAUAUUCUUACAACUUGUGGCGCUAAAAGUGACUGGGAGGUCAGUUAAAGACUCGAGGUACUUUGGUCAAGACGUUUGCAUAUCAAGGGAAGAAUUCUGGAAUAAGGCUAGAGCUUUAUGCCAAGGAAUCACAGAUGUUACAUACAAGGGGAAAACUGCUGGUAGGGUAAUGGCUGAAGUCAUGUGCAGCAGCUCGGAAGAUGAUGAAUACCUUGAUGAUAGUGGCAGUGUUAUGUCUCCCACAUCAUUUUCCUCUCUUCAAAGUCACAAAAGUAGCAAGAAUACGAAAGCAUUCAUGACACGCCAGCGACCCCUGUACUACAAUUGCAAGCUGCUGGCCCCAGAUGGAGAAUGUCUCACACUUUGUGAUAUCAGGAAAGCACAGUGGUACAUAGACAAAGAGUUGGGAGACAAAGUGAGUGACGAUCCUUUCACAGUGAAGUUGCGCUUCGAGCCAAAGAAUCGUCCAGCAUCGAGGCAAGACUACUACCUACAGGAGAAGGAAAACACGUGUGUUGUGUGUGGAUCACAUGAGGACUAUGUGCGCAAACUGGUCGUGCCUCAGGAAUACAGGAAAUACUUUCCUCCAAUUCUAAAGAACCACUCAUCCCAUGAUGUACUCCUACUUUGUAUCCAAUGCCACCUGAGAUGUGCCGACUAUGAGACAGCUGUAAGGCAGCGUUUGGUCGCAGAGUGUGAUGCCCCUUUAGACUCGGGGAAAGACUCCAAAAGACGUCUGGAUGGGGAUCUUGCAAAAGUUGUUUCAGCUGCCAAAGCCUUACUGAAGAGCAAGGGCAGUAUACCUGAGGACAGACUACAGGACCUUGAGGCCAUGGUUAAGACUUUCUACGGGGUCAAGUCACUUCCAGCAGAGCUAUUGGAGGAGGCAGUUUCUAUGGAAACCAGGGUCAACAACAGCUCGUUCGUUCCACACGGUAAGAAAGUGGUGGACUUCUACAUGCAGAAGCACGGGGGACUGCUGGAGUUUGAGCGCAUGUGGCGUAGGCACUUCCUGGAGUCCAUGCAGCCCAAGUACCUACCAGCUCUGUGGUCCGUGGAGCACCAGCCUGAGCGGUUGAAACCGGUCACGGAGGAUGUGAAACAUAACAUUGUCUUAAAUGGGUUAGACAAAAAUGGUGUGAAUGACGCCAGUAGCUGAAGCGUCAAGCUGGAAUAGAAAAAUAGAAAAAGGAGAUUAGGAUUUUCACUUGCAACCCAACCUGUACAAACAAUUAAGGAAUUUCUAGUUUGAAUGGAUUAGACAAAGUUAUUGCAGAGGAUGCUGGUAGAUAAGGGCUCAAACUGGAAUACAGGGCUUAGGAUAUAUGAGAAGCCUCAUGUGAAAAUGGGUCUUACGACAUAUGCGGCAAGCGUAGCUCCAGAACAGCCUGUAUAAUCACACAGUCUGCUCAGGACUACCUUGUCCUAAAUAAAGUCAUGAAUGGUUUCUGCGUGUUAUUAGCCGACCCUGUAACUCCUGAACACAUAGUGUGUAUAUCCAUUUUUGCAUGAUGUAGCCCAGAUGGUUUUUACACAAUAGUUUACCCUUAAGAAAUCUUUUGAGUGUCUUGUUCACUGUUUCAGGUGAUCUGUAGAAUGGAGAUAGGAAGAUACCUAAAGACCUAAGAAUGCUUUUUUUUUGUGCAAAAUGCACUGAGGUAUUUUUACAUGUCAGUCUAGCUUGACAGAAAAUUUACAACUGUCUCUAGUUGGCUGGCAGUCCAUGUGUAUGAAGAUUUGUUGAGAAUGAAAAUCAAAAAGUAGGAAAACAAAAAAAAACAUUGCUACACACGGUAUUAAAGAUAUGUUUGUUGGUAAACUUUUGAGAGUUUCACAGCAGUUUGUGAGGAGAAAAUGAAGAUUCUGUGUGAUAUAAAAUAAAAAAGACUAUAUUCUUUAAAUUGUUACACAGAGUGACACAACUAUUUGACUGUGUGAAGAUAUUGAGUUUUAACAAUAGCAUUAGUGAUCACCUUAUGUUUAUCAUCCAUUGUCUGUCAUCAAAAUGUACUUCGAGAACACCCUAUAUGCCUCAUUAAUAGCCCAUUUGUCAUGAAACUUGAUGAAGACAUUUGUCUGAAUUAAAUUUAGAUUGAGUUCGAAACUGGGUCACUUUGGUUCAAAUACCAGGUCACUAAAAGCUGAAAUUAAAGAAAUACCUUGUGGAUAUUAAAGUCAUAUUUUUACCCAAUAGAUUUGAAACUGGUUUUAAACAUUAAUACUAAUAAUAUCUCAGCUGAUUUUGAAACUGGUUCCCAGUUGUUUUGUAAAACAUGGCCACCAGGUGUUGGAGCAGUUUAACUUUUAUGGCUAUAGUGAAACCUUCUGAUGACUCUACAUGACACAGAGUUUUUUUCCAAUAUUCAUGAAAAUUUCUCAGAUUAUUUGUAUUUUUUAUAUAUCGUCCUAGUCGGAAAAUGGCCGCUAUGGGCAGUUUUGCUUAUAUGGUUAUAGUUAAUGAUUGUUUGACAGAGUUCAACUUGUUCAAGUCUGUUGAAAAACAUGACCAUAAUUAAAUAGGGCAGUUUUCUUUUAUAGCUAUUCUAGAACAUUGUGAAGACUUUAGAAGUCAAUUUGUAUUUCCAGUCUAAACACCUUCACAGAACCUUUGAAAUUAUGAUAUCUCAGCUAAGUUUGUAAAUGGUUCAUGUUCAUAGAAACGCAUAGCCGCCAGGGGGUGUUCAAGUUUACCAACAACGCUAUUGGGGAACCGCUUGAACACUCAAAAUUCUCAAGUUUUGCCCUGUCAUCCUUAAAUUUUAUCAGAAUAAUUGUUCUUAUGAUAUAUCCGCAGACUUCAUUUAUUUAAAAGAAAAACAGCAAAAGAAAAUUUGUGUUCCUUCUAGUUCUCAGGUAAGCAACAUAAAACCUUUGGGUCUCUUGUUUGGAACAUUUUGUGAUGUAAGUGAAUAAGUCCAUUAAAUAUUUUAUACUGUUCAAAUUGUUAACAAUCCUAUCUCUAUAUCUCUUUUGCUAUACUAUUUUUUUUGUUAUAAUUUGAUUAUUUUGUGUGAAAUUUUAAUAUGGAACUCGUAUUAAAAUAAUUACCUUAUAAAAUCCGCGUAAUUACUCAAUAUGUCCCAAAUUAAGAAACAACAAAAACAGGUAUUGAUACCUCUUUGAGCCAUGAUGCUUGUUAUGUAUACAAAAAACAAUGGAACAUCAUAAUACUUCCCAAUUAGCAGUCACUAGCUACUAUUUAAUCAAUAUUUUAUUUCGCGAAUUGUCAAGGAUGACCCGACUUGCGUGUCCCAACAUAUUUAGUUAUUACGGUAGUUACUGAUUUCAAGAUGCAAAUAUAUUGUUUUCUAUCAUUUAAUUUUGCAGUUGAUAUAAACUAAUUUAUUAUUUUAUGAAUGAAUAUUUUAUUUCUUUUAUUUGUAUUUACUUAAAGUAUGAUAUUAAGUUGAAAGUUUAUUGUUGUUUUAUUGUGAACAAUUAAUUUUACGUUAUAAAAACUGAAUAAACUUAACUGCAUGCAUUUGUGUA